CUUUUCUCUCAAAUUCACAUUACUGACUAGUUACCAUUGAGUUUCUCUAGCUCUUCGCUGGCUUUUUGUUUAUUUUGGCCUUCAUCAUGGAAUCACGUUUCUUCCGAGUUCAGUGGAGUAGGCUACUAUGGUGUCCCCCUACGGUGACCUUCAAAGACACUCUCUACGAUAGUAUCUCACGACUGGGAGCAUUUCGGCCUACUCCACCUCCGUCCGCAGCGAUUCCCAUUCAUGACGCCAUUAAUAUUUUGGUCGAUAUCCGACGUUUCAGUAUGCUUCCAACACCUUACAUCGAUAAUGUUAUGAACGAAGCACAAAUGGUCGCAAAGCAGUUCACUUCCCAGUGGAAAGCAAACCAGAUCAUGAAAUCGCAAACGGCAGAAGUUUCCACAAUCGGCGCGACGGCACGUACCUUUUGGAGGGUAAUUCUAUCUCAACUUGCUGGAGCCAGGGCAUUCUCACACUAUUCUGCCGAUGAGAUUGUGAUCAGUAUCACGCCCCACGACGGUCAACCUAUCAACUAUACCUGGGACCAGGUUACGCAGGCAUACAAGAAGUUUUCACCAACAACGCCCCCAGAUAGUCCCUCUGAAGGUUCUGCAUACGUAGAACUAUAGGUCGAGGAUGCGGGCUACUAGCAGGCAAGGAGGCAGCAAUCCUGUCGUCUUGAAUCUCACGAAGAAUUCAAUUGAGGCUUGGGAUUGGCAUAGCUGUGUAGUUUAGGGGUCUGCAGCUGGCGGACAUGACUGCCUGUGGAGGGCACAAGUGGGACAUGACUUUACACGGUGGAUCGUUGCGAAGAUAAGGAUCGGAGUCAAGUAUUCGGUCUUUCUCGACUCUGAUACCGAUUGUAUAGGACUACCUGACUCAGUUGACCCUAAAUUCGAUCAUUUUUUGCGGGCAGUGAUUGAGGCAGGAACGGG